AUGUGCGGAAUCGCCCGCCCCAGCACCGGCCACCGCAUCGCCGUCAUGUUUCCCUCCGCCAGCUCCAAAUCCAUGAGUCCGUAUUCUCUAUUCUUCCGAGAAAUGGACGCUGGGACUAAAGCCGUCUUUCGCAUUGAGGACGCGAGCACUUUUGAUGUUUUCAGGGGGUGUAGGGGGAUUGAUUUGCGGAUUGAACGAUAUGGAGAUCUCACAUCAGCACAUAUGACCCCCCCACUGCACCAGUUCCGGUUACAGCCGUGUGGGAAGGAUCGUGCCGAGAUGGAGUUCGAGCUACCGGAGAGACUGGAUCUGGGGGUGUCGGAGACGGGCAUCGUUGGACGACAGGUCACGGUGAUGGUUGAGGGCCAGUCGUCCGUGGGGGUUGGGACGGGGAUUGUGGGGUUUGAUUGA